ACCCUACAGUGUCCGUCAUUUUUGACCGCCUGCUGCUGCUCCAGACAGACGCUUGCAGGAGGAUUGUGCGAAGGUAAUAAUCAACACCGGAAGCAGGUUCAACAUGGCAGAGGCAGGUAAAUGGUCUCUUACUGCUGCUUCCAAGAACCUCGGUGAUGGGUCUCCUACAGGAUUUCUAGGUGACCGGAAUGAAAGUAAAACCAAAGACCAGCCAACAGUGAGCACAACCAUAGCGGUCAGUCAACCGAAACCAAACACUGAUGAGAAACCCUACAUGUGUGGGGAGUGUGGAUACACGGCAGCAUGUCAGUCUCACGUAUCCCAACAUAUGAGAACACACACAGGAGAAAAACCAUUCAAGUGUGACCAGUGUGACUAUUCUGCUGCACGAAAAUACAGUUUGAAACAGCAUCUAGCCAAACACACAGGUAAUAAACCCUACAUGUGUGGGGAGUGUGGGUAUAGAGCAACUCAAAAGUGUCACUUAUCCAAACAUAUGAGAACUCAUACCGGCGACAAACCAUUCAAGUGUGACCAGUGUGACCAUUCUUCUGCACAUAAGUCCAACUUGAACCAACAUUUAGCCAUGCACACUGGCUAUAAGCCCUACAUGUGUGGGGAGUGUGGGUACAGGACAGCUCUGAAAUCUGAUUUAUCCAAACAUAUGAGAACUCAUACUGGUGAAAAACCAUUCAAGUGUGACCAGUGUGACUAUUCUGCUGCACAUAAGUCCAACUUGAACCAACAUCUAGCCAUGCACACUGGUGAUAAGCCCUACAUGUGUGGGGAGUGUGGGUACCGGACAACUCAGAAGUCUCAUUUAGUGGAACAUAUGAGGACUCAUACAGCUGAAAAACCCUACAAGUGUGAUCAUUGUGACUUUUCUACUGCACAUAAGUCCAACUUGAACCGACAUUUAGCCAUACACACCGGUGAGAAGCCAUACAUGUAGGGAGUGCUGGUACAGGACAUCUUACAAGUCUCACUUAUCCCAACACAUGAGAACUCAUACUGGUGAAAACCCCGACAAAUCUGGGCAAUUCGGCUAUUCUGCUGCACUGAGAUCUACAUUGGACAACCCUGGUAAAACACACCUGUAAAAACACUACAAGUGUGAUUUCGGGACAUAUAAAAAGACUCCCUUAUCCGAACUGGUAGCUUACCAGUUUUUAUGUUAUCUAGCUAUAGUAAAAAACAAAUGUACAACAGAGGUCAUCUACUUGUAGCAAAUAUAUCAUGUUGUGUAUGCAUUAUGCAACAGUCAUGUAAGAAGAACACUUAACGUGUCCUAUUCCAAUAUUGAGAAUAAGCCUCCUUACAGUUACGACCUUACAUAUGCUGUAAUGAUGUCACGUAUUUUUAAAGUUCUGUAUCCUUUUCUUCUUUCUAUUGAGGCGAGUGCAUAUGGCGGGAGUGGGUAAAAGUGCCCGCGUCUACUUUGACGUCCUAUAGCUCCCAAACAGCUGGUGCUAGAACAACCAAACUUGGUGACUUUAGCUGGCAACAAUUUACAAAAAACAGCGUUAGUUUAUGAUUUUUUGUGUUUCCAUGGCAACGGGUUUCUAAAAGGCAAAUUUUACAAAAAUCACUAAUUUUGGUUUAAACAAUGGGAGUUUUAGAUUUUCUUGCUAAACUAUACUUCUUUUUAUAUAUCUUUCAUAUUUUAGUGUGACAUUUAUAAUUAGAUAUUCACAGAUUAUGCUAAUGCGAUGACGUAAUCGGUAAAAGUCCAAGAUGGCCGACAAUAUCAUGAUGAAAAAUAUAACCAGCUUAUUUUCACUCGGAUUUCAUCACUACUUGUUAUUUUCUUACAGAAAACAUUCAUGUGAACGUUUUAAAUCCAUCUUCAAGGCAUUUUAGAAUUAUAUGUUGAAAAGAUGUAUCUUAAGACAUUUAAAGUUGAUAAUCCAAGAUGGCGGAUAGCUAAAAACAGAGGACGUCAUUUUAUAACGUCAUAUUUGACGUCGUUGCGUCGGCUUUUGACAGAAGAAGUCUUAUAAGACCUAAAUAUUGAUACAAAACCUUUAUUGUUAACUUUUGGUUUGAAAUAUUUAGGUAUUAUGAGAAUUCCGCGUUUCAGACAAAAAUUCAUAACGUCAUAAUUACGUCAUAUUACGUCAUAAUGAUAGAAAAAUAAAAUAAAGGUACAGACAGGCAUAGUCUUAGCUUAAAUGAAGCUAUCAACAAGCCCAACAUCUUAUCAAUGCAUAGCGAUAACGUGAGAAGAAUUAGUAUACUCUGUCAGCCAGACCGGUGCUACCUUACUAAAAGAUUGCAAAAACUCCUUGUGAUCAAUACCGAACUGAAACACAACUUAACGGCAGGAAAAAAUCAACAGAUCAUUACUGUCUGAUCAUUACAAAUAUUGUUACUGGUUAUCUGUAUGUAUAAAAAAAGAUAAUCCUUCCAUCGAAAGGAAUGGUGAUUGCAUCCUUACCGCUUCGUUAUUUGGGUAAUCAGUGCGUGUCUACCUACCCUUUGACCCUGGGGUCAUGCCAUCAUCAUCAACAUGGCUGCCGCAGACCAAGAACCCCACGUCAGCGCAGUUCGUCCUCGUUCC